CGCACAAGUGGCUCUCUGAGGAGAAGGGGAUGGAGAAAGAAAGGGUGGGGUCAAGGUUCAAACGAAAGGCUCCCAUUGGGACUCCCUUUCUGUUAUCAAAUUUGUUGAGACACAAAAAGAGCAACAGUCUCAUUCCCAAGAACAUCUUGAGGGAGAGAAAAAGGGGUUAUAGGACAGCAUUCUUUGUGUCAGCUCGUCCACAGCUCGGCGGUCGAACUCCCAGUCUUCACUUUGCUCCACUCUGCUCCUGCACCGAUUAAAGUCCACUCUCUGUCAGCUGAAUUGUUCCUCCAGCAGCCAACCAACUCUGAAAGGCUCUAAAGCUCAGCCACCAAAAUGGAGUCUGCUACAGCGGCGCUGCCAUCCCUGCUGUCCAAUCAGUCGUCAAAGAGCUGUGCAGUAGUGGACACAACAGUUGAAAACACACUGUUUGGAUGCUUCUACAUCCUGGUUUUCUUCCUGGCGCUGAACGGUAACAGUCUGGCUCUUUGGAUCUUCGCUCACCAGCGUGGCUCUUCCUCUCCAGCGAACAUCUUUUUGAUUCACCUGGCUGUGGCAGACUUAUCGUACGUGAUCAUCCUCCCACUGAGGGCCACCUACCACCUCACUGGAGGCCACUGGCCCUUCGGCGAGGUGCCCUGCAGGGUGGCAGGCUUUUUGUUUUAUGUCAACAUGUACGCUAGCUUGUACUUCCUGGCCUGUGUAGCGGGGGAUCGGUACCUGGCUGUGGUUCACGCUGUGAGGUCACUGAAGGUUCGCCGAGCUCGCUACGCUCACAUCAUCAGCUUCUCUCUGUGGGCCCUGGUCACUGUCUCCAUGGCACCGCUGCUGAUCACCCACCAGACUGCAGAGGUGGAAGGCAUGACAGUGUGCUUGCAGCUCUACAGAGAGAAGGCCUCGCGCAAUGCACUGAUCUCACUGGCUGUGGCUUUCACCCCACCUUUCCUCGCCACCCUGUCCUGUUACCUGCUCAUCAUUUACAGCCUGCAUCGGGGCUCCAGAUUAGAGCCGGCCCUCAAGUUAAAGGCCCUGCGCACCAUCGGCCUGGUCAUGCUCAUCUACGUAGUCUGUUUCCUGCCUUAUCAUGUGAGCAGGGCCACUUUCAUCCUGGGCUACAGCCAUCCCGACGUCUCCUGCCAGACACGCAGAGGCUUGAGCUUGGCCAACCGCCUCACCUCCUCCCUCACCUGCCUGAACGGUGCUAUGGACCCGCUGAUCUACCUGUUUGGGGCGGAGAAGUUCCGUGGCACUGUAAUGCGACUGUUUUGCAAAGAUAAGGCCGGGGUGUCAGGAACCACCAGUGGAGAGUUAAAGGGAACACACGAGAGCUCCUUGAGUGCCAAGUCUGAGUUUUGAAAAAGAGAAAUUUGAACUUGAUCUGGAGCAUUAUUUCAUAUAGAUGCAUUUCCAACACAAAAAAAAUGUGCUGUUAUUUUCUUGAUAUUCCACUGCAGCCCCCUUUGAAUUUAAGGCCCAGUUCCAGCGUUCACCCUAUGCCCUAUACACUGAACCCUCACACAAUAACUGACAGAUGUCAUUUACUGGGACAGCACUUUGAGGAACCUACGCCAUUCUGUUUACAGUGUGAGACUCAUAUUCCAUAUGUAAUGUAAUGAAUUGGAAUUAAUGUUUUUUGCUAAGUUGUAAUUUUGGAACAGUUUUGCAUACAAAGAGGUCACUAUCAUGCCACCUUAAGACAAACAAGUAAUCCCGUAAGUCACUCCUUCACCUCCUUCCAUGUUUUGCUUGCGUUUCCUUUUUUGUGCUUCUGAAAUGUCAUUGCCAUUAGUUGUGCACACAAUGUGGGUUAUUCCCAUGAGCAGUCUGCAGAGUUGCUGACUUAAUAAAGUGUGCAUAAAGAAUUCAGAAAGUCAGCCAGAGAACCCUCAAACACUAGCCAUCAAAGCCAUCAAAGGCAUUGACACUAGCUGUGUUUUAGUGUAUUGCAUUAGAAAAGGGUGAUGAAAACAGCAACAACAUUUUGCAAAAAAAAAAACUUAGCACACACUUGAGGUGGUUUUUGCCUUUUAUGAAAAAAGCAUUGCGCUUCAUGAGAGAUGGAAUCAUUUUUUUUAAAUAUCUGACGUAGUGAACAUUUAAUUUACAGUUUACAGACUGUUUCCACUCCGUCUCCUCAUGGCUCCCAUGGCUCUAUACAUCCAUAAUCGCUCCACACAGCUCUGAUGGAUCCUCACAUUGUUAGAUGAAACUAAUAGAAAUGUCUAAUUUCCAUCCUGUUUUCUGCAUUGUUUUUCAUCGUUUGAGGUUCAACUCUUGAGGCGCUCUGUUAAUUAUGUCAUCAUGUUGUACCCUCUUCUUCUGCCAUCUACUAUCUUGAUGAACCAACUCUCUCAUAAUCACAUAACAGUUAGAUGGAUAUUUGUUUGCAUCUUCUUUUCUCGAUUGAUUAAAAUUUUGGUAAAGAUUUGCAAUACAUUUGGAUACAUGGCUAUGAUGAUGUCUUUGAGUUGUAAGGGUGGAUGUUGGAACUGGGCUUAAAUGUUUUUUCUACUGGUUCUGCCAACUGCUGCCAUCAACAGUCUUCCUUCGCAGAAAACAUUUGUCGAAAAAGGCCCAGAACAUUUGUCCUAUACAUGAGAGAGAAAGGCUCCAGCAGCCUGUGACCUCGACAAGAAUUAAGUUGUUCAUUCCACAAGCUUCCUGCUGACGUUGGAAAGUGAGUUGUGUGUUAAACACCAAAUGAUCAAAUAUGUACAUAGUCAGCUUUUAAUGUAUAUUUCCUGUUACUGAUUUGUAUCAUAUGCCAAAUGUAAUAAAUAGUUAGCUUUUCAAUAUCUUUUUUUUAUUUUAUUUUUUUAAAUCUAAGGUGUUUUUCAGCUAUGCUAGGGUCCUGGCUCUGCAAAUUGCAAUGUCAGUAGAUCAAGUUGUAUGUUGUGUUUAGUGUUUAUUAGUAACUGUUUGCAUGCUAAUGCACUGAACUAUGAUGGUGUGCAUGUAGAUAACUGUGACAUGCUCUCAAGUAUAGCCCUAUCCCGUUGCUGUAAUGAUACAUUGUUUUUAGCCACACUAGCAGCAAUGCUCUCAGGAUGGUCUGUCGUUGGGCCAUCACUUUGGUCAAGACUGAAAUAUCUCUUAGUAGCAACCUUCAUGUUCCCCUCAAAAUGUUAUUGUACUUUAUGACCAUGUACCUGCAGAGCCAAUCAGGCUCGUCUGGGCUUUGUUUUUAGUGGUAAUCAGCAAACGUUUGCAUGCCUGAGCUAAGAUGAUGAACAUGGUAAACAUUAUACCUGCUCAACAUAGCUCACAAUGACAUGUUAGCAUGUUAAUGUUAGCAUUUAGCUCAAAGCACCACUGUGCUAAAUAAAACCUCACAGAGCUGCAAGCUUCACUAUAGACUCUUAGUCUUGUUUUAAUAUGAGGUCUAUUUUUAAAGGACCAGUAUGUAGGAUUCAAUGGCAUCUAGCAGUGAAGUUGCAGAUUGCAACCAACUGAAACCGCUACCCUCAACCAAGUGCGUAGGAGAAACUAUGGUGGCUGCAAAACUCUCGAAAAGGCCCUAUUCUUAUUUUCAUUUGAUUAUACACUACUGAAAACAUACCUGUGAAUAUAAUAUUCCAUUUCUGCCAGUAGAUCCUGCUAAAUGUAUUUCUCUACAAAUCUUCAUUGUACAUAUAUUCAUCAUUAUCCAGUUCCCUAAAUCCUUCUAUGCUAUGCAUCUAUUGUUGUGUCCACAUUUUUGUAAUAUUGCAAACUAUGAAUCUUAUUUUUACCUGUGAGUCAGAUUUUCUAAAUGUCAUCUACAAAAAAAGUGAUAUUUUAGACGGAAAGACAUUAUUCACACAGAUGUGAGUAACAUGUGUUAUAAAUGUUCUUUGUGACUUCAUGUUUUUAAUAAUACACUUAUUAUAUUUGCAAAGUCACUCUGCUAAGGAAAUGAUAAGUCUGAAAAAAAGCUCAUAAAAACUCUAUGGAAGAAAAUCACCAGCAUAUUAUGUUAACAACUAACUCACAUUUCUUUCUUUAUUUCUCUUUUGUAUCAGAAUAUAAAUGCUGCCAUAUAUAAAGUGUGUGUUAACUCAA